AUACACGAAAAUCUCACCUUCUCUCUCUCUCUCUCUCUGCUUUUCUUGUUUUCUUCAUUCUCUCUAUAGAAGAGCUGAUAAGAAUCUAAAAGAAAUGGAGCACAGUGAAGCAGCCAAUUCUAACACUAACUCAUCUUCUCCUUCUUCUUCCUCUUCUCCGCCGUCGCCACCGACGCCACCGGUGGUUAUCAGUCCUUGUGCGGCUUGUAAGAUUCUCAGGCGAAGAUGUGCUGAGAAGUGCGUUUUGGCUCCGUAUUUUCCUCCUACUGAACCGGCAAAGUUUACCAUUGCUCAUCGCGUGUUCGGUGCUAGCAAUAUCAUCAAGUUCUUACAGGAACUACCAGAAUCUCAAAGGGCUGAUGCAGUGAGCAGCAUGGUUUAUGAGGCAAGUGCAAGGAUUAGAGAUCCCGUUUAUGGCUGCGCCGGAGCGAUUUGCCAUCUUCAAAAACAAGUUAAUGAACUCCAAGCACAAUUAGCUAAAGCACAAGCUGAGCUUGUUAAUAUGCAAUGCCAACAAGCUAACCUUGUGGCCUUACUUUGCAUGGAAAUGGCACAAUCUCCUCAACAAUUAUCGGAACAAUCUGUCGACAACUUCAUUAGUACCCCGCAGAGCUACCAGAGCAACCCUUGCUUCGUUGAUGACAGCAACAAUUUAGGGCCACUUUGGGAGCCUCUUUGGACAUAAUUAGCUAUGAUAAAUAAAUAUAAAUAAUGUACCAAUGAAGUUCUCCUAACUCGAGGACUAAUUGCUCCUAACGAGAAGGAGAAAUCCAAGGACAUAAUUUUAAUAAAAAAAAUUAAUUUUAACUUAAUUACUAUAAUAGAAUUAUAUAUAGGCAAUUGAGUGUGAUGAUGAUCAAGUAGAUUGACCUUUUAAUUUCCUCUAUGUAAUCUUUAAUUUGCUACAUUAGGAGAGAAAAUUAUAAGAUGCCUUUAUUUUCAGUCUAA